CCAGCGGAGCCCCUCCCACCUUGCCCCGGGGCAGACGAGCGGCGCCCCGACACCCCCUCUUCUCCCGCAGCCCCGCCAGCGCCACCCCCCCGCGGGCCGCAGGGGCUCAUGCAGCCGCCAAGGGAGAGGCUAGUGGUAACAGGCCGAGCUGGAUGGAUGGGUAUGGGGAGAGGGGCAGGACGUUCAGCCCUGGGAUUCUGGCCGACCCUCGCCUUCCUUCUCUGCAGCUUCCCCGCAGCCACCUCCCCGUGCAAGAUCCUCAAGUGCAACUCUGAGUUCUGGAGCGCCACGUCGGGCAGCCACGCACCAGCCUCAGACGACACCCCCGAGUUCUGCGCAGCCUUGCGCAGCUACGCCCUGUGCACGCGGCGGACGGCCCGCACCUGCCGGGGUGACCUGGCCUACCACUCGGCCGUCCAUGGCAUAGAGGACCUCAUGAGCCAGCACAACUGCUCCAAGGAUGGCCCCACCUCGCAGCCACGCCUGCGCACGCUCCCACCGGUCGGAGACAGCCAGGAGCGCUCGGACAGCCCCGAGAUCUGCCAUUACGAGAAGAGCUUUCACAAGCACUCGGCCACCCCCAACUACACGCACUGCGGCCUCUUCGGGGACCCGCACCUCAGGACUUUCACAGACCGCUUCCAGACCUGCAAGGUGCAGGGCGCCUGGCCUCUCAUCGACAAUAAUUACCUGAACGUGCAGGUCACCAACACACCUGUGCUGCCCGGCUCAGCGGCCACUGCCACCAGCAAGCUCACCAUCAUCUUCAAGAACUUCCAGGAGUGCGUGGACCAGAAGGUGUACCAGGCUGAGAUGGACGAGCUCCCGGCCGCCUUCGUGGAUGGCUCUAAGAACGGUGGGGACAAGCACGGGGCCAACAGCCUGAAGAUCACUGAGAAGGUGUCAGGCCAGCACGUGGAAAUCCAGGCCAAGUACAUCGGCACCACCAUCGUGGUGCGCCAGGUGGGCCGCUACCUGACCUUUGCCGUCCGCAUGCCAGAGGAAGUGGUCAAUGCUGUGGAGGACUGGGACAGCCAGGGUCUCUACCUCUGCCUGCGGGGCUGCCCCCUCAACCAGCAGAUCGACUUCCAGGCCUUCCACACCAACGCUGAGGGCACCGGUGCCCGCAGGCUGGCAGCCGCCAGCCCUGCACCCACAGCCCCCGAGACCUUCCCAUACGAGACAGCCGUGGCGAAGUGCAAGGAGAAGCUGCCGGUGGAGGACCUGUACUACCAGGCCUGCAUCUUCGACCUCCUCACCACGGGUGACGUGAACUUCACACUGGCCGCCUACUACGCGUUGGAGGAUGUCAAGAUGCUCCACUCCAACAAAGACAAACUGCACCUGUAUGAGAGGACUCGGGACCUGCCAGGCAGGGCGGCUGCGGGGCUGCCCCUGGCCCCCCGGCCCCUCCUGGGCGCCCUCGUCCUGCUCCUGGCCCUGCUCCCUGUGUUCUGCUAGACGCGUAGAUGUGGAGGGAGGCGCGGGCUCUGUCCUCUGGGCUUCUCCCUGUGUGGGCUGGGACCGCCAACGGGGUGCAGAUCUCCUGGCGUGUCCCCUAUGGCCCCGCAGAACGCCAGGGACCGCCUGCUGCCAAGGGCUCAGGCAGGGACCCCUCCCCUUCUAGUGCACGUGACAAGGUUGUGGUGACUGGUGCCGUGAUGUUUGUGACAGUAGAGCUGUGUGAGAGGGAGAGCAGCUCCCCUCGCCCCGCCCCCGCAGUGUGAAUGUGCAAAACAGCCCCUCAGGCUGAAGCCCCCCACCCCCACCAGAGACACACUGGGAACCGUCAGAGUCAGCUCCUUCCCCCUCGCAAUGCACUGAAAGGCCCGGCCGACUGCUGCUCGCCGAUCCGUGGGGCCCCCUGUGCCCACCACACGCACGCACACACUCUUACACGAGAGCACACUCGAACCCCCUAGGCCAGCGGGGACACCCCAGCCACACAGGGAGGCAUCCUUGGGGCUUGGCCCCAGGCAGGGCACUCCCAGGGCGCUGCUUGGCACCUUAGCAGACUGAUGGAACCUUUUGGCCAGUAGGUCGUGCCCGCCUGGUGCCUUCUGGCCUGUGGCUUCCCUGCCCGUGCUUACCUGGCUGCUGUGGGUACCAGUGCAGGUCGCGGUUUUCAGGCACCUGCUCAACUGCCCGUCUCUGGCCUGGGCCCCCGCCCUUUCCACCCUGUGCUUAGAAAGUUGAAGUGCUUGGUUCUAAAUGUCUAAACAGAGAAGAGAUCCUUAACUUCUGUUCCUCUCCCUCCUUCAGGUGCAAGAGCUCCUGGGCAGGGGAGCCUGGGCACCAGGGUGUGGCAGGAGACCCAGUGGAUGGGGCCAGCUGGCCUGCCCUGAUCCUCUGCUUCCUCCUCACAACCCCGAGAGCCCCCAACCGGGUCCAUCCACGUCUGGAGUCUGGGGAGAGGAGCAGGGUCUUAAGACUCUCAGCUCUGAGCAUCCCUGGCAGGGUCUUCAACCUCUGAUCUCUUCCCUUAAGCCCUGUGGCCACACAGCCAGGAGAGACUUGCCGCUGGCUCCCGCCUCAUUUCAGCCCAGGGUGCUCAUCCAGGAGCCCAGAACAGUCCCACCUGUGCUGCUAUGCCCACAGCACAAAGCCAGGCUUCGCUCCCAAAAGUGCAGCCAGGCCCCGGAGGGUGAUCCUGCCAGCAGCCCUACAGCCCCACACCCUACCCACCCAUCAGCAGCCCCUCUGCUGUUCCCCAGGGACCUCUCAUACACUGGCCAGGAGGCUGCAGAACGUGUGUCUCCCCCUCCCUCCAAGAGGUCCUGUGGGCGAGUGGGAGGGCGCUCGGGGCCCGGCCCCUCCCUCUCCCUGCUGGUGUUAGAUGGUCCCUAUGUUGGAAGUAAAAAGUGAAGCACUUUAUUUUGGUUGUGUUUGCUCACGUUCUGCUUGGAAGUGGGGACCCCUCACUGCGUCCACGUGUCUGCGACCUGUGUGGAGUGUCACCGCGUGUACAUACUGUAAAUUAUUUAUUAAUGGCUAAAUGCAAGUAAAGUUUGGUUUUUUUUGUUAUUUUCUUUUA